AUGUAUAUUGUAACGAUUCACGACAGAAAUAUAUCACCCGGAGCCACGUGCACUCAGGACGGGGAGUUAGGUCGGAAUAAUGGUGUCCACUACUGCACUUUGGUGGAGAAUUUUUGUGCAGUAGUUGGUCCAGCUGGCUCUGGUAAAUCUUCAUUACUUAACUUGCUGUUGCAAGAGUUACCAGUUGAUGCCGGGACGGUUAGACUCUUUCAGAUAAAAAAUGGAGCGUCAGUUGAUCUUAGAACCACGCAUGGAUUCGUAAAGAGUAAACCUGAGAUAACGAUAUCUUACGCAAGUCAAAAUCCAUUGCUUUUCUCAGGAACUAUUAAAGACAACAUUCUUUUUGGACUUGAAUAUGAUCAUGCUCGUUAUCAAGAGGUUUGCUUUCUAGUAAAGGACUUUAAAGAGCUUCCCAAUCGUGACAUGACUAUUGUUGGAGAAGGUGGCAAAUCUCUUUCGAUAGAUCAAAAAACUAAAGUCAAUCUCGCCAGAGCAGUUUACAGACAAGCAGAUUUAUAUCUUUUGGAUGAUAUUUUCCAUGGAAUUGACGGCAAUGACUCAGAGUUUAUUUUCAAUGAAUGUGUUCUUGGCUUUCUUCAAGGAAAAACACGAAUUCUGGUUACUGACCACCUUGAAUAUUUAAAACAAGCUGACACUAUUGCUGUAAUAGAAAAGGGAUCAAUUAAGCAUCAAGGAACAUUUGUUACUUUGAAAGAAGAAAGCUUUGAAUUUAAUGAAUUGUUAUAUACAAUCCAGCAAAACCAAACAACCAAUUACACUAAAAUAAUCACCAAAAAUAUGAAUGAAGAAAACAAAAGCAUCGAUAUAGGAUUCAAUUUAAUGAAAUCCCGAUACACUAACCAGUUUACUUGCCGACAAGAAGUGGUUGAAAUACAAGUUAAGUGGGUAAAGUCGAUGACAAGACAAUAUCCAGCACAAAUAACUUGA